AUGGAUCACCUGUCCCCUCCGCCAUCGCCACAAUCUCAACAAGGGCAAAUGGCACCAUUCAAUACGGUUAUUGAUAUGAGUUUAACAUCUUCAAAACAAUGGAUACAACGAGCUUCAGCAUUUAGUACUGCAUUAGCGACGGCCGGCCAUAAACUUAGCACCCGAGAUUUGCCAUUUUUGUACAAUCCUCUAUUGUACUCGAGCGCUUUGCUUUGGCCGCAAUUUUUCUUUUCAUCAAGUUCUGGUAUGGCGACACCAACAACUCCCACAACACCCAAAUCACCGAACUACUCAAAUCAACGUGAUCGUGAAUACACUUUGACUCCGGAAAAAGAAGAUAUUCACAUUACAGAAGAUAUGCCCUUAAAUUUGUCAACAAAAAUAAAAUCCGAUUCUCCCACCCCACCACUACCCCUUCAUAACAUCAACCAACAUUCUUCAAAUAUCCUUAAAGACGAUCAUAAGGAUUCACUAAAUUUGGUCGAUGAAAAACAGCGAUCUCAACAUUCGUCAAUUAUAUGGUCACCAGCAAGUAUGUGUGAAAGAGAAGCUACAAGUUCGUCAUCAAUAAAUAUCGAUCCGAUUGCCAAGAAAUUCAGAUACAACAAAUAUCGUUCCCAUCAAAUUUCCAACAUAACUACAUCGUCAUCAUCAUCAUCCACAGCUGAUGUUUGUCCAACAUCAUCUGAGCCAUCACUGGGAACAUCCUUUGGACAACCACGAAUGUACCAUCCAUCACAAUUGGAUUUCCUUCAACGUCAAUUGCAAGCACCAAAUACCAAACGUGAUUUGGAUAUGUUACGCCAAAGUCGCACCGACCUCUUCCUGCUCAACAAUAACAACAACACAAUUCACGCCACCAAUAAUAACAAUAAUUCAACCAACAGCAAUGCCAUUGGCGGAGAUAUCAAAAGCCCAUUUGAUUUGACUAACAAAUUUGAAAAUGAUUUGAUACACGAACAACAUCCAGAUUCUACUGCAUCGCUCAUUAAUUCCACAAACAAUAGAUGUUCGUCAUUUAAGGAAGAGGAAAAACGUGGAUAUCGUAAUUUCCAGUGCAAACAAUGUGGUAAAACAUUCAAGCGCUCCUCAACACUAUCCACCCACUUACUUAUACACAGCGACACCCGACCAUAUCCCUGCCAAUAUUGCGGAAAACGAUUUCAUCAAAAAUCUGACAUGAAAAAACACACAUACAUUCAUACAGGCGAAAAACCCCACAAAUGCACAGUUUGUUUGAAAGCAUUCAGCCAGAGUUCAAAUCUCAUCACCCAUAUGCGUAAGCACACAGGAUAUAAGCCCUUUGCUUGUGGAUUGUGUGAUCAAUCGUUUCAACGAAAAGUCGAUCUGAGACGCCAUCGAGAGAAUCGUCAUGGAGAGGAGAACCCAGCAUCCAUUAAAAUGGAAGUAACAAGUAGCUGCUAAUAAAAUUUUAGUUUUUAACUUAAUUUUUUUAUUUUAUGUAUUUAUUUAUUUUUUUAUUUAAUAUUAUUUAAUUUUUAUAUUUAAGAU